UGUCGAGUAAUCACUUCCGGGGCUGACAUGGCGACUGUCAGAGAUCGGAAGGGAGGCAGGGGAGAGCAGGAUGGGACGGGGGAUUUGUACUCGGUGUUGCUUCCCACCUAUAACGAGAGGGAAAACCUACCUAUCAUCCUAUGGCUGCUGGUCAAGUACUUCGGAGAGAGUGGAUAUAAAUAUGAGAUCAUCAUCAUAGACGAUGGAAGCCCGGAUGGGACAUUGGAGGUAGCGAAGCAGCUGCAGAAGAUCUAUGGGGCAGACAAGAUAUUACUCCGACCCAGGGAAAAGAAACUGGGACUAGGAACAGCCUAUAUACACGGCAUGCAGCACGCUUCUGGAAACUUCAUCAUCAUCAUGGACGCAGAUCUCUCCCACCACCCUAAAUUCAUCCCAGAGUUUAUAAAUAAACAGAAAGAAGGGGACUUUGACGUUGUGUCUGGCACUCGCUACAUUGGGAACGGCGGUGUGUAUGGCUGGGAUUUAAAAAGGAAGGUGAUCAGCCGAGGAGCAAACUUUCUGAGUCAGGUCUUGCUGCGCCCCGGAGCCUCUGACUUAACCGGAAGUUUCAGGUUGUACAAGAAAUCCGUCCUGCAGAAACUGGUGGAGAACUGCGUGUCCAAGGGCUAUGUCUUCCAGAUGGAGAUGAUCGUCCGAGCCCGCCAGUUUAAUUACACCAUCGGAGAGGUUCCAAUAUCGUUUGUGGACCGUGUGUAUGGAGAGUCCAAGCUGGGGGGAAAUGAGGUGGUCUCCUUCCUGAAAGGCCUCUUAACGCUGUUCGCAACCACAUGACCCAAGAGCGUGGCGUCUACCUACUCAGUAAUGCGCACCCUCCCCCGUAAUGAUAUCUGACCAAAUGGAGACUCAAAUCAAUAUGGUUUUGUAGAAAAGGACUGCACAAUUAAUAAAUAAAUGCUUUUU